AUGAGCCCCAACGGAGGUGCUGAGUGCGCGACCACGAGCGUCGAUCCAUCCGUCCACGCGAUCAGACACGUCAGAAGGGCAAGUGACUAGUACCCAUACCGGUGCCAGAGCCAGUGAUGAGGCGAAAGCAAAGGUGUAUGAGGUCGCGCUGACGCCUUUCCCCGUGACAUCAUCUCUCGCCGUUGACAGGGUCGCGUACAGAGGUCCCCGUCGUCCCCGUCGUCCCCGUCGUCCCCGUCGACCCCGUCGACUCCAUCGUCCCCGUCGCCGAUAUUGUCACUAUCGUCACUAUCGUCACUAUCGUCAUCGUCGCACUCGGGCCCGCAUUCUUCGACUGCGAGGAAAGUCAUCGAGGCGCUCAAGGACGGGAUCAAUCACGUUGACGACCACGCUUUAUUGAAUGACAUCAUCGUGCCCCGCCUCGCGCUGUGCUCAGCUUCGGACCUGGUCGAGCAGGUGUUCCAAACGGACCCUUUGCGGUUUCGUCAGAUGUCGCAGCGCGCUCGCACGUCAGGGAGGAAGGCCCGCUCUGGCCAAGAUGGAGAUGCGCAAGAAGAGCUCCACGCCCGAUUCAAGCAAGUCCACGACCGCCGCCCGACCGCGACAACGGCCGCUUCGACGUGGCAGUCGACCUGGAUGCACGGCGUGGCACGACAUGUGAGUGCAGACCACCGACAGCGGGGGCCUUGUUCGACAAUCGACCAUUCUCUGCGGGUGUGGCGCAUGAAGACUAAGUAAAAUCCUCGCUUCUCUGGCACACGUGUGCGGCAGGCUCAUACGGGGCACCCGCGGCGGCGACAGUUCAAAAUCGAUAUGGCCGUCGCCGAGCGGCCUGCUCGGGUCCAGGUCCACACCGAUCACGCGUCCGAGAUUGGGACCGAGCCAAGGUCAUCCAAGGAGAGGCAGGAGUGGACGCACUUCCUGGCAUGUCCUGACGUCGACUCGAGCUCGAUGCAUUUGUUGUGGAGUCGCGUUCUGGUGGCGUGUGCGUUCGGUGCUUCUCCUCGCGCAGAUCGUCCACGCGGUAGCCAGGGGGGAUCUGCCCCACACUUGGUCAGGGUCGUGCUCGAUCUCGUCGAGCACGUGCUUGCGCAACCGACUCGACUGUUUGCACCGGGUCUGGCCGUCAACGACGACGAGGCACACUUGGUCGUGCUCGACCACGAGACGUGUCGGAUCGCGACCAUCCCGGACUGCUGGGGUCAGGGGUUCGGCGAGCUGGCGGCGGUGUUCGCGGUCCUGCUCGACCUGGACGUCUACUCGGCCGGGUACUGUCCUGUUCUCCGCUACGAGUGUCAUCCCACGAGGGGAGUCAGGGCGGUGUCGUUGCUCACGUCAGUCUUUGGGUCGUCGGUCGGGCGCACGGUCAAGUUCGAGGACGAAGAGCCGAUCGAGCUCGUGUCUUGUGCGAAGACGGACGGUGGACGUCCCCUUUCCGAACGAUGUACGACGGUGUUUCAUUUCAUACGACCUAGCCUGAGCUCGUCGGGGACGGCCUCGACAGCCUCGCGCCGUUCGCCUUCUUUCGUCUUGAAGAUGCAGCUCGUCAGCCCAAGCUUCGUAGGCAUCGAGUCGGGUGUGCUGCGCAAGAUCAAUGACGCGUACGACACGGGUGCACUCUCACCUGACGUGUACGACCACCUCGCCACACUUGAAGCCCGGGCCGCACUCUCGGCCCCUGUCUGCGAGCCCAUCGACGAGGACCGGCUGCCAUCAUCCGCCUCGACGGCUUGUGGCGACGGCGCCACCGAGCUCGAAAAGGCCGGCCCCUCCCCCCCAGCAGAGCGGGCCCGGCGCACGCUCGAGCUCCUCAUUCUGCGUAAUCCGACGCCUCUGCCGCGACCGCUCGUUCGGCGUCAUCGUGAGGAGCAGGAUCUGCCUCUGGCCCAAGUUGUUCACGUCUUUGUCCGACUCUUGACGGUGCUGACCGCGCUCCACGACCUCGGCUUUUACCACCGCGAUCUCUCGCUCGGCAACAUCCUUCAAUAUGAAGGCCACCUUGUUCUCAUCGACUGGGAUGGCGGCAUUGUGGCCACUCCGGGCGAGUCGGUCGCCGUCGGGGCGGAGGAGCAUGGCCGCUUCCGCGUCACGGAGAGUAGCGCGCCGCGAGACGUGCUCGAAUGGCACAGAUUCAACGUGCCUUGUUGCGACGAGAUUCCUCAUUAUAUGCUCGUCCAUGCGUUCGAAUCGACCGUGUAUUGCUUCUUUCAAGUUCUGGCCCAUCGUAUCGAACCAGAGGAUCCUGCAUGGGACUUUUUCCAAUUUCGACGGCAGCGAAUCAGCAAGUACAAUGGCGACGAUCCGGGGAGGCAAAUCAUGCUUGGUCGGGCUGCUCUCUGGGGUCGAGCUCGCUACAGUUUUUUGUCCUCGUCGUACCGCGAACGUCUCUUUGCUAUGAUCCGUGAUGUAGAUCGGGAGCUGGGCGAAGCGCUGGAUCAGAUGACGCUCAUGUUCCCCAUGAAGUUGUCGUCUGUGGAGAUGCAGCAGACGAUGGAAGCGAUCUGGAAGGGAUUCCGACAACUGUCGGCGAGAGGUUCGACGGAGCAAAUGAUGAGCCAGUAG